AUGGCCUUGGGGGCAGGCAUAACUCAUGGAUCUUUACUAUGGGAUAGCCUCCAAGGGAGAGGUGCCCCCACUAUUGACGAAUUUAUGAAAAGGGCCCAAAAAUAUAUAAACAUUGAGGAAGCCAGGUUAGCUAACAACCUACCUCUUCCCUUAACUACUACUACAACAACUUCCACCAAUCCAAAGGCAACAACUGCCAACCCUCCAGCCACCAAUAACUCUAGGCACAAUAAUAAGAGAAAGGGCGACAAUGGAGGAGAUCAGAACAAUGCCAAAAAGAGCAAAGGUUAUCAGUCCAUGUUCACAAUAUACUCCGAACUUGUGGAGACACAAGAAACCAUAUAUGUGGCAAACGAACAUCGGGUGGCCUUUCGGAUACCUGAAUCCUUGAAAGGAAGUCGUGCGAAGAGAGAUCCAUCCAAGUAUUGCCAAUAUCAUACAGAUAUUGGCCAUACCACCAACGAGUGUCGAAACUUGAGGGAUGAGAUAGAGACUCUUAUACGUAAUGGGCCUCUUGCUCAUUAUGCAAGGAAUAGGCAAUACAACCAACAAGGAGCAAAUGCACAACAACUUGUAGCCCCACGUGCCAAUGUGCAACCACAGGGGGCACCCGGAAACAAUGCUCCUAACCCGCCGGCACAACCACAAGGGGGACAACUGGGACAUAACCAAGACAUUCCUCCACUUGUGGAAGGAGAGGACGUAUUGGUCAUAUCAGGAGGACCACACUUUGCAGGGACCACCAAUGGGGCUCAAAAGAGAUAUAUUAAUGAGCUCAAGAACUCAAAUAAGACUCCUUUCACACCAGAACAACGUGCUCCCAAGCAAAGUCGAAUGGAGGACCAAACCAUAACAUUUUCCAAUGAGGAUACUCAUCAUGUACAAAGUCCGCAUAAUGAUCCACUGGUGAUAACAUCUCAAAUCGCCAACAGGAGGGUAAGGAGAGUCUUGGUCGAUAACUGUAGUAGCUUGAACUUGUUAUAUAAGAUAACCUUGGAGAAAAUGGGGUUAAGUGUGCAAGACCUACAACCAUGCACUACCAAUUUGGUUGGAUUUACUGGAGAUAGCGUAGCCAGCACAGGAAGAAUCACUCUCCCAUUGACACUCAGGAAGGCCCCAAGAACAGUCACCCGAAUGACAGAGUUUGUGGUGGUAGACCUACCAUCUGCCUACAAUGCCAUUUUAGGUAGACCAGCGUUAUACACGCUGGGGGCAGUCACAUCGAUUAAGCAUCUGGCCUUAAAGUUUCCAACUGCUACCGGGAAUGGAAUAGUCAAAGGAGAUCAACUAGCUACACGUGAAUGCUACAAUGUGGCUAUGAGGGACAAACCCGACUAG